AUGGUGCUUCUGUAUAUCUUUCUGCUCGCUGCCGGAGCCGGUGCCGUGUGCCAUGAAGCUUCCAUUGCUCACCCCCUGCCUGAUUUGGACCCCAACGAUGCAGUCCUGAAGCAUGCAUUUGCUACAAUCGAUACGGAUCUCGAGUCAGCAAUUGCUGCUCCCGAAUUCGUAGCAACCUCGUUCUCCGUAGAAAUCACGUCUUCGAAAGAAUCGCUGUGGGCCAAGCACCACACCGCGCGUGAACGGAACGCGUCUCGCCCUAGCAUACCCGAAGUAAACGGCGAUGCAUUAUACCGCAUCGCAUCCAUAACGAAGACCUUCACUGUCCUCGGCAUACUAUACCAACACAAGGCGGGCAAUCUCAGUCUCGACGAUCCCGUAGACAAAUACAUAAAGGAGCUGAAGGAGGACCGAGAAGGCAAUAUAGCAUGGAAGGACAUUACCUUGCGGUCUCUUGCGAGCCAGCUGAGCGGCAUACCACGCGAGUGUACUAAUGCCUUCCUCAAAUGCUUCACUGAAACAGGGUUACCGCCUUUAUCACGGGAGGGUCUCAUCGACUGCGAUGAGUAUUCGAAGAACUACGAGAAGCCAUGUCACGCACGGGAUCUACUCCAUGCUCUCAAGUCGAAGCAUCCGCUCUUUGCACCAAACAAAAAAUCAACGUAUUCCAAUCUAGCUUUCGACUUGCUCGGUCUUGUUCUAUCGCGAGUGUCGAACAAGACGUACGAAACCUACAUCGAAGACGCCAUCUUCAAGCCAUUGGACAUGUCGAAGAGCACCUUGUCAUUACCACCGGACAGCGCCGGUGUGAUACCCUUGGAUCCACACUUCUGGGAUGUCGAUGAAGGUAUUCAAAACCCAACAGGCGGCAUUUACACAUCCACAAACGAUAUGUCCAAGUACCUUCGCUAUGUCUUGACACACUACAACGACAUCGUGACCGGCGUGAAUUGGCUCAAUCCUGUUUCACCUUCGGAGGGUCUCCAUUCAUUCUACGGCAUGCCCUGGGAAAUACUCCAUACAGACCGUGUGCUGAAGAACUCCAGGAGGACCGUUCGCUUCAUCACCAAGGGAGGAGGUUUGCCAGGCUACUUUUCCGUAAUAGCUGUAGUUCCUGAGUAUGAUCUCGCCUGCACCAUCCUCAUCGCAGGCGAAUAUGAAAUGUUAUCAAAAGUUCAAGAUGCUGUAGGAGCGACCAUUGUUCGCGCUGCUGAAGAGAUUGCAAUCCGUCAGCUUGAAGAGCGUUAUACGGGUACCUACACAUCAACCAACCAGACUCUCAACUCCACCAUAACGCUCGUGGCUGAUGAGCGUGGUCUUGUUGUGGAGCGACUCAUCGCUAAUGGCACGGACGCCUUGGAAGGCGCCUUCAAAACUUCUCCUCGUCAAUACAUACAAGUCGUUCCGACGCUGCAGUACCAGGACGAGCAGAAAAAGCAAGGAGAAAACUGGCGCAUCGUUCAUUCCUAUGAGAGGACUGUCGGCGAAGGAAGCAUCUGGGACGACUAUUGCAUCGCCAACAUCGAUGGUGAAGUCUACGCCGGUACGAGUCUCAAUGAGCUUGUUUUCUGGAAUGCCGAGGAGGAGGGAAAGUUUGCAGAAGUUGAGCUCAGUGCUUUCCGCGUGAACUUGACACGAUCAGACGAGGCGCAAGAACUCGUGGAGUUGUGA